ACGAUUUGCACCAAAGUUUGUGUACAAAUAGUGCAGUGCACACUCAAGUGUGCGACACAUGACAAUCAGUCAGUCUGGGAUAAUCACAGAUUAUUCCUUCCGAUCCUCCAUGAUUUAAUCGAGACCAAUUUUAUCGAAAAAUGUCGGAUACAUGGAGCGACAUUCAGGCCGUCAAGCGACGCCAGGAGAAUUUGAGGGAACGAUUACAGAGAAGGAAGAAAGAACGGAUGGGGCUGAUACCGCAGACGAGCGGCGCGAAUGACGGCAGCAGUGCUGCAGUUGGGUCGGCUGCAACAACUUCAGAAUCUUCUGCAAAUCCAGCGACUUCUUUUCAGUCAGCAAGUUCAACAUCAAGAAGUGAUACCAACAGUCCACUGACGGUUAAUCCAACAGCGGUUGAGCACAAAUUGGAUCCACGCACUGAGAAGAAACUCCUUGAAAGGCUGUGUGAUCACUCACUGUCACUCCCUGUGGACUCUGACAGCUUGCGUUCGACCCUCACCAAGAUUUUAGACUUUGAUGUUUCCCAGGCCAGUGUUGAAAGUUUGCUACAGAAAUUCAUUGCCCAAGAGCUUAUUGCUGUGAGAGAGGGCAGCACAGCAGAUGGCCAGACAUGCUUAGUGGUUGUGUCCGUGGAAUAUGGCAAGAUUUCAGCCAUGACGGGUGAGUUAAGUGAGAGAGAUCGAGGGAUCAGUCCAGCUUUACCACUCAACAGAAAGAGGAAGAGGGAAAGGUCUCCAGGACCUAAGAAGCAGGAGGAUGUUCCAGUCACGACCAAGACGCCAGCCUCGAAGGAGAAACAGCUUCAGAAGCAGAAACAAGACGAGCUAGAAGCCCCGAAGCCAGAGGAAGAUAACUUGCAAAGUUUGCUCUCGGCGACGUCCUUCAAAGAACAGGAGAAUAAAGAGAUGGGACAGGAGUUAUUUGAGCUUCUGAGUAUACCGACAGCCAAGGAACAAUCGCUGGUUGAGAAAUUCAAGUCACAGGGAGGUACUGUGCAAGAAUUCUGCGCCCACGGCACAAGAGCAGAAUGCAUUAAAGAAAUGGGCCCAAUGCAUACAUGCUACAAGCUACAUUUCAGGCGGCUCAUACACAAGCACACAGAUGAAUCUCUUGGUGAUUGUUCUUUCCUCAACACAUGUUUCCACAUGGACACCUGCAAGUAUGUCCACUAUGAAAUUGAGUAUCCCUCAAAGCCAGAUGAUGGUGGUCAGAUUCUGGGAGCAAGGAGGGGUGUCCGCAGUGAUAGUAAUGUCACUAUGCUUCCUGCUCAGUGGAUACAGUGCGACAUACGCAACCUAGACAAGACCAUCUUGGGAAAGUUUGCGGUAAUCAUGGCCGACCCACCUUGGGACAUCCACAUGGAGUUACCGUACGGCACCAUGCAAGAUGAUGAGAUGAGACACCUUGAUGUCCCUGGCAUGCAAGACGAGGGCUACAUCUUCCUGUGGGUCACUGGGAGGGCGAUGGAGCUCGGUCGUGAGUGUUUGAGUCUUUGGGGUUAUGAGAGAACAGAGGAACUUAUUUGGGUCAAGACGAAUCAGCUGCAACGAUUGAUCCGCACUGGACGGACAGGUCAUUGGCUUAACCAUGGAAAAGAACACUGUCUGGUUGGUAGGAAAGGUGACCCAAAAGGUUUCAACAAAGGUCUGGAUUGUGAUGUCAUCGUAGCAGAGGUCAGACAAACCAGUCACAAACCUGACGAGAUUUAUGGGUUGAUCGAGAGGUUGUCGCCCGGAACCCGUAAGAUUGAACUCUUUGGACGCGCUCAUAAUGUCCAACCAAAUUGGAUGACGUUGGGCAACCAGUUGGAUGGGGUCCAUCUAGUAGAGCCAGAUCUAAUCACACGCUUCAAAGAAGUCUACCCAGACAUGAACGCUAUGAAACCGCCACAAAAAAAACCGCCCUCUGGAACUUAGUUUGAAUCUCUCUCUGACGUUGGGCAACCGGUUGGAUGGGAGUUUAAAGAAGUCUACCCAGACAUGAACUUUAUGAAACCGCCACAAAAACAGCCGUCCUCUAGAACUUAGAUUCUUAGAUUUCCCUUGAAUACUUUAAACCUAGACUCUAUGGUACUCUUUAUAAGUGUUUUAACAGACGAGAAAACCACUGUUAAUGGAGAAUUUUGAAGUACAGGAAUGCCUUCUUUCAAAAGAAAAAGAUAAUACAUGUGUGGCCUGAACCUUCACAUGGGCAAUGGCUGUGAUGUCAACAGCCA